UGGUGGGGCUCAGUAGUCACUGUUUUCAGUGGCGAAGCCAAGUAUCCCAGACGGGUAACUGCUUUACUCCAUGGCUUUUACCCAUAAAGUUUGGUGCGUGAGCCGAACAAUUCCAGUAAAUCUGGUUAAACGGAUGCCGUACCAUUGAAAUGCUUCAUGGAGUAGACAAAUUCUCGACGAUCGCCCAAUAAACGUGAUAUAUAGUUAACUAUCCUGAGGCGUACGAUAGACGACACCUUCUGAAUACGUUCCCGUGACCUUUUUGGGCGCUUCUCAGACUCGUUUCAAAGCUAACCGUAUUCUUUCCAAGACCCUCUAAGCACUUUUUGAACAGUUCUAGUCUCCUUCUAGACUUUUCUAGAUUCAGAAACGUUACCGAAUUCCUUUCCCCAUAAACUUUAUAAGUUGUGAGCUACUGUGAUCCUGAUACAAUUAGAAAUCUUGUAUCAGGACAAUAUACUGUGCUCCUAUCAGCUGGCAAACCCAACAUUUUUCGGGGUACCAGGAGAACAUGAUAAUAUGCGGAGUAUGGGUUGGCAAACACUUGUAAAAUUGUUAUAGUUACCACGCGAACAUAAUGGACGAGGAGUCCUUUUUCAUAUAUUUCAACACUUUAAAUUGUUUUAAAUCUUGUAUCCGGAGAAUAUGAUGCGUGAGAAAGUGUUCCUGCUCCUAGCACGCACUUGGCCACUAGUUUUAAACUUUCCGUGGUUACUAUAGGAGAACACGGUGGACGAUGAGGUCACCAAAAUGUUUCAAAUUAAAUUAAAAUCUUGUAUCAGGAUAAUAUAAUGAGUGAGGAGGUGCUUCGAGUCGUAAUACGCGGAGUACCAGCUGGUAUGUCUUAUAAUUUUAAAACAAUACCGUACAAUAUCGUCUUACUCAUUUACAAAAUUGUAGGGACAUGGCCCGCUUUCGGCGGCUACGCCGUCUCGCCUCGUUCUAUACAUAUGAACCAUAAGAAUUUCAAAAAUCAGUUUCUUCAAAGCUUAUGUUUUCUGCGCGGAAUAUUUUUUUUUAUAUUUACUUCUCAGACAUCGCUUCGCUUUUUAUUGAGCAAAGGACCUAAUCCACAAAUCAGAGAUUAACAGCCUGGAAGGUAUGUGUAAAGUGAUUCAAACGAUUUUUACUCUUUACUACGCUUUUAAAAGCAAUAUUGGAAACGCAGGACUUGUUAUUAAAAUGAAUCAUACCACACCUCGUAUAAAGAACGUCAGAAGUACCAGAAUUUUGGAUUUAAAGAAAUGGUUUAUUCAUUGGGGCCUACGUAUACAUAUGGGGUAGGGAUGGACCCCUCAAUAACCGGAUCACGUGUGGCGGGUUGAAAUAAUUUUCGGUUUAUUACCGAAUUAUGGCAUUAGAUAUGUGGCGGUUUUGGUGAUAAGAUGCAAGAUCGUUCUUAUUUACGGCAAAUCCGCAUGAUCUUCAGAACUAUUGCGGGAAAGUCCCGAAAAAUGGGCAUGGGAGGCGCCCAUAUAUAAUCUCAUAUAAACUUCUUCGGGCCUCUUUGAAAUCUUCUUCAUGUAUUGUUCAAGGCUUCCUCACGACCCCUUUACCUCUGCUUUGUCUCAGUUUUGAGUCUUCCUGACAUUGUCAUAUUCCACUUCCUUCCAACUUGUCUCACAUGCUUCAAACCUGCCAGUCUUCCCUGCACCUUUCCUUCCACCGACCCCACACUACUUUCACAUCUCAAUCGCCCCUCUCCAGUAGGAACAGAAGUAGGUACGUUAUUCCCGCCGUACAUCCAUAAUUCUUCAAAUAUUGGUGGCGUUUUUGCUGAACAUGGCAACAACACGAUUCGCUUGAUUAGUCUAAGCCCAGAUAAAUUAUCUGCGCUCUAAGAUUAACUUAAUCCCUACAAUAAAGUGACGCAUUUACUGCUCUUAUCUGGCUAUAAAUGCCUUUUGGAAUACGAAAAUAAAUCGGUGUUAUGUAAUCUCAUUGUGUCGGAUUAAGUGUGAAGACUUAAAUUUCGUGGUUUGUGGUUGUAGAGCUCUUUUCGGGACGGAACUCCAACUGUGGCGUGUCCAUGGCUCGCGACUAUUUGGCGAUGACGAUCGCGGGAUUGUCCUCGAUGAGCAGCGGAAUGCAUUACGGGUGGACGUCGACGGCUCUCCCCCAGCUCGUCGGUAAUGGUUCCCACAUACCAACAACGAGCGAGGACGAAUACUGGAUCUCAGUGAGCUACUUUGGAGGAAGCUUGAUCGCGAGCGCACUGGCGUCUUUCUUGAUGAGGUACAUCGGCCAGAAGGGUGUCAUCAUUUUUGCGACCCUCCUGUUGAUAAUCUCGUGGGUGAUAAUCGCCUGCGCGCAGAGUAUCGCCGAAAUAAUCAUCGCGAGAACCUUCUCCGGAGCCGGGGACGCGAUCCUUCUGUGCGCGCUUACCGUCUACGUCGCGGAAAUAUCGAAACCGUCAUUAAGAGGUUUCUUCCUUUCUAGCAUGAUGGUCUACGGAAUGCUAGGCAUACUCGCGGAGAACGUCAUCGGUACCUUCGCCACAUUCAGGACAUGCGCGAUUAUUUCUGCAGCAGUUCCAUCGGCGGUCUUCCUCUUGCUUUUCUUCGUGCCUGAAAGUCCCUACAGAUUGGUGUCGAAAGGUAAUAUGGAUGGCGCCAGAACUGCGUUGAGGAAACUCCGAAACACUGACGUAGUAGACGAUGAGCUCGAACGAAUCCUCUCGAUGAUUUACGAUGAAAAGGUCAGCGUCAGCACGUAUCUGAGGCUGUUUACCUCCAGCUACAAUCGCAGAACCAUCUACAUCUGCUUCACCCUGAUCUCCGUGCACGUUUUCAGCGGGAACAUUGUUUUCAUAUUCCACACGCAGGAGAUCUUCCAAGACGUCGGCGGGCCUCUAGAAAACUGGAUCUCCUCUUUGAUCUACCUGACGGCUCAGCUCGUCUUCACACUGCUAGGACUGGCCUUGGUGGACAAGUACGGGCGGAGACCUCUGCUUUUAAUUUCAACAGUCGGCGUCACCUUAAGUCUGGCUAUCGAGUCCGUUUACUUCUACCUGAAAGACGGCCUACACCUCAACAUGGAAAGCGUCAACUUCAUUCCGCUCGUAGGAAUGAUGCUGUUCCUGCUAGGCUUCAGUGUGGGAUUGCAAAUCAUACCGGUCGUCAUCUCCGGGGAGCUCUUCGCGCCGAAUGUCAAAUUCUUCGCGCUAAGUUUAUACGAGGGGUACUUCUGCGUGAUCAGCGUGGUCGGGUUAAAGUUAUUCCAGAUUAGUCUCGAUGCCUACGGGCUCUACGCCCCGUUUUCAUUAUUUACGCUGUGCGGAUUUUUUGGAUUCCUAUUCGUGUACUACUGUGUGCCGGAGACUAAGCAAAAGACGUUGGAGGCAAUUCAAAUGGAGAUUGUGGGGAAGAGCGAAAAACUUGCAAUUCCAAGCAGUAGGUUGCUCGGAUCAAGACAAACGGCACAAACGAAAAGCUAGGAAUUCAACGGUCGCGAUCAAGGGUGACCAGACCGUAGUGAAUUUAGUAACUUAUCUAGUAAUAAAAAAUACCACAUUUCGAACACCCCCCAAUAAGCAUUUUGCAAUUGUAUACCAUCGAAUAUAGAAAGAGGACUCACUCCAUUUGAAUUACCUACUUAUAUAUUUUUCAAGUCACGUUGUUCGGUAACAUUUACAUCUUUUCCCUGAAAUCUUCGCCACAGGAGCUUUAGAGCGUGAACAAUAAUUUGUUUUUUUCUAGGCAGCGUGGGGUGAUAUACUAAUUGUUAUAUUGUGUAUUAUUGUUGUGCAGAUUUUUCCAAUUUGCAUCGCCGGGUGACCAACAGGAUAUUUUCCAUAUUUGUUGACAUAGUGGAAAAGCGCGUUAAUAUCAACGCACUUCAUUCGUUCAGUUGUUAAGGGCGCAAAAGGGCUAAACGUGACGAAAAAUGAUACGAGGGUUGUCGUGAUAUGCGUAUUCUUGCUAUUAG